UUCCACAUGAAGGUGACUACAGAGGCUCUUUCCUGGAAUGAAUCAAUAAAUAACACAAAUUACUCCAUGGUGACUGAGUUCAUUUUUCUGGGACUCUCCAAUUCUCAGGAAUUCCAGAUAUUCCUACUGGUGUUCUUUUUUAUAUUCUAUGUGGGAAUUGUGUUUGGAAACCUUCUUAUUGUCAUAACUGUGGCUUCUGACUCCCAUCUUCACUCUCCCAUGUACUUCCUGCUGGCUAACCUCUCACUCAUUGACCUAUGUCUGUCUUCCGUCACAGCCCCCAAGAUGAUUGCUGACUUUUUCAGUAAACGCAAAGUCAUCUCUUUCAAGGGUUGCCUUGCUCAGAUAUUUCUCGUUCACUUUUUUGGUGGGAGUGAGUUGGUGAUCCUUAUAGCCAUGGCCUUUGACAGAUAUGUAGCAAUCUGUAAACCUCUUCGCUACUCUACAGUUAUGUGUGACCAUGUAUGUUUUGGCAUUGUGACUGCUGCAUGGGGAAGCUUUCUCCAUUCAGUGAGCCAGUUGGCUUUUGCAGUAAACUUACCUUUCUGUGGUCCCAAUGAGGUUGAUAGCUUUUACUGCGACUUACCUAGGGUUAUCAAACUUGCUUGUAUAGACACCUAUAGAUUGGAUGUCAUGGUCAUUGCUAACAGUGGUGUGCUCACUGUGUGUUCUUUUGUUUUCCUAAUCAUCUCCUAUGCUAUCAUCCUGGUAACCAUCCAGCAAUGCCCUUCAGACAAGUCGUCCAAGGCUCUGUCCACUCUGACUGCUCACAUCACAGUAGUUCUUUUGUUCUUUGGACCAUGUAUCUUCAUUUAUGCCUGGCCAUUCCCCAUCAAGUCACUAGAUAAAUCCCUUGCUGUGUUUUAUUCUGUGGUCACUCCUCUCUUGAACCCGAUUAUAUACACACUGAGGAACAAAGACAUGAAGACUGCAAUGAGACGACUGAGUAAAUGGAAUGUGAAUUCUAGUGUAAAAUUUUAG